CUCCGUAGACUCGCAUACAAAGUUAUACAUUCGACGACUAUAGUCCUCCCAGUGUGGCAUAAGAUUCUUGAAGACUUGCAGGUGCCCAUUACUCUCAUGCCAUGCAAUGUUUCGACCUGCUGGAACUCCACAUUUGAUAUGUUGGAUUAUGCGAUUGAGCAUCAGGAGGCUGUUGAUAUUGUGACUCAACGUCGAGAUCUCGGUCUGCGGAAAUUUGAGCUGAAUGAUGAGGAGUGGGCAAUUGCCAAACAGCUGAGGGGUGUUCUCAAGGACACAACACUAUUUUUCUCCCGCUCAACACCCAAUCUAGCCACUGUGAUUCCGGCCAUGGAUCUCAUUGACGAAAAGCUCACUACAUACUCCUGUAACAGACAGUAUCACUCUUCAAUCCACUCAGCUGUUCAGCUGGCAAAGGCAACACUUAACCGGUACUAUCAACUUACAGAUCAAUCUGAAGUCUAUCGCAUUGCCAUGGGUUUGUUCUUUCUUGUCUCUGUUCUGACGGCUCACAUUCAUACAUAUAUAGUAUUACACCCACAUCACAAGCUCGUAUACUUCAGGAACGCUUGA